CAUACAAGUAUCCGUAGUGCGUCGUUGAGGAUGCGACCACGUGACACAUGUGAUACUUGUGCUUUCUGUUCUUCUCUAAAUGCCAACCAAAUACGCGGAAAAACUCUAUUAACCAGAAUAUAAACUGCGUCUCGGGAUUACUCGAUUCCUGACCGUCCAAGUGUUAGAUCCGAAAACCGAAACUACAGGCAGAAAUUCUUCCGUAUUUAUAAACUUGGAAGCAUAUGUAAGUUGUCAGCUUCGCUCUUCCACCUGGCCACUUGACAACUGACGUUCACUUGGUAGUGAGCCUGGAGAGGAGGGGACCAUAAACAGGAUACAAAUGCGGCUGAAAGACCCCUUCUCUUUAAAAACCGCAGACAUGACCAAGCGGUCUAACAAGCCAAAGAAGCCUCGUGAUGAAGACUCGUCCGACGAGGUUGGCGGGUUGACAUGCCAGCAUGUGAGCAGGGCUGUGGACCUCAGUUCAGUGAAGAAGGCAGUAACAGGCAGCCUGUGGUCAGUGUGCUCCGAUUGCCUUAAAGAGAGGAACAUGCAUGAGGGAGAAUCAGCAGGAGCACAUGACAUCCUUGUGUGCCUCAAGUGUGGGUUCCAGGGUUGUAACCAGGCAGAAACUCAGCAUUCCACAAAACACCAGCAAGCUCAUCACUCUGACUCUCACUGUAUCACCAUCAGCCUCAGUACAUGGAAAGCCUGGUGUUUUGAAUGUAAGGAAGAGCUCUCCACUCACUGCAAUAAGAAAGCUCUGGCUCAGACUCUGGAUUUCCUGCAGAAGCACUCAGCAAAGGCCACCUCAGGAACAACCUCAAAAAUUAUCAGGCUCAGAGAGGAACCCGCUGAGUAUGUGGACACUCAGAGAGGGAAGACUCCAGUGAAUAGCACACUUAUCCCAGUCAAGGGCAUCAACAAUCUGGGUAACACCUGCUUCUUCAAUGCUGUGAUGCAGAAUCUCUCCCAGACCCACAUGCUGAAUGACCUAAUUCAAGACGUCAAGGAGAAGGGACAUAAGAUGAAGAUUUGCCCCUCUGCUGAGUGUAACUUGGGGCCACUAACAGUGACGUUGCCCAGCCCAGAACCCCUCACCUCAGCUAUGUUCCUGUUCCUCCAAAGCAUGAAGGAGCCUGGAAAAGGGCCCGUCUCCCCCAAGAUCCUUUUCAACCAGCUAUGUCAGAAGGCCCCUCGCUUUAAGGGUUACCAGCAACAGGACAGUCAGGAAUUGCUGCACUACCUCCUGGACUCCAUGAGAGUGGAGGAGACAAAGCGCAUUAAAGCAGGCAUCCUCAAAGCCUUUAACAACCCCACGGAGAAGACAGCUGACGAGGAGACCAAACGACAAGUGAAGGCUUAUGGAAAGGAAGGAGUGAAAAUGAAUUUUGUCGAUCGGAUUUUUGUCGGAGAGCUAAUCAGCACCAUAAUGUGUGAAGAGUGUGAACAUAUUUCCACAGUGAAGGAAGCCUUCAUUGACAUUUCCCUUCCCAUCAUAGAGGAAAGGAUCUCUAAGCCUACAAACCCUGGUAGACUAGGGAAGAGUGGGCGGGAGCAAGACGGUCCGGCCUCCCAUGAUGACUCAUCAGCUGGCCAUUCACAAGCCAACAGAAACAGCAGGAGGUUGAGUGGACAGAAGCUGCAGGGUCGCCAUUCGUCCACUUCUCAUGAUGAGAGAGGUGCAGAUUUGGUUUCUAGCCGACAAGAGGAGGAGCUCUGUGUGGCUGGGCGUGGCCUGGCCAGUUGCCGGGCGGAUACGCUGGGCAGCCAAUCAGACUGCAGCGAGAAGGAUUCCAACCUGCAGGACAGCAGUAACGAUGCGGACAGCGAGGCCUCAGAGAGCGAAUGGUCACCACGAAUCUCAUCUGUGUCCACUCACAGUAGCACAUCAGAUAAAGUCUCAACCACCACGACUUCAGCCUCAACACCACACAAUCCAAGUCUAAAACCAAACCUGAGCCCGAGCCCCACUCCCUUAGCCUCCAUUAGACCUCAGCAGGGCGGCGCUGUUGAGCAGCUUGUCAGCGCUGUGUCCAAGCUAGGCCUGGUGCACACUUCCACUGACACUCUACCUGUCAGUCACAGCCCAGAGGAACCGUCCGAGAUCCGGGAGAGAGACCGUCAGCACCAUCAAGGGGCCUUCCAAGCCCUCUGUCACAGCUACACCCCCAGCUCUAAAGAGUGCUCCGUACAGUCCUGCCUGCAUCAAUUCACCUCUGUUGAGCUGCUGAUGGGCAACAACAAACUGCUCUGUGAGAACUGCACUGAGAGAAGGCAAAGACAGAUGAAGAGGAGUGAUAAGAAGGCUGAGAAGGUGUACACCAGUGCCCGUAAACAGAUGCUCAUCUCGGCACUUCCUCCAGUGGUCACGCUUCACCUUAAACGAUUUCACCAGGCUGGGAUGAAUCUGAGGAAAGUUAAUAGACAUGUGGAUUUUCCUCUUUUGCUAGACCUGGCGCCUUUCUGCUCUGCCACUUGUAAGAACCUCGGGUCAGGAGAGCGUGUGCUGUACAGCUUGUACGGCAUUGUGGAACACAGCGGAUCAAUGCGAGGUGGGCACUACGCAGCCUAUGUGAAGGUCCGCACCCCCCAGCGUAAACCUGAGCAGCGCCGGAACCAGUCAGGUUCCAGAGAGGCCAGCUCAGCCCCACAAGGUCAGUGGGUGUAUGUUAGCGACACCAACGUACAGACUGUACCGGAAUCCAGAGUGCUGAACUCUCAAGCUUAUUUACUUUUCUAUGAAGAACUCCUAUAGAUCCUGACAGGCGCGUGAAUGCAAGAUGAUCCAGACGAAUGCAAAAGGCAAUAUCAGCUCAGACAACAGCGAGCACUUACUGCAUGACUAUAUCCCUGUAUUUUAACAUAGGAAAGAUUCCAUAUACUAAAAGCUUUGUCUUAUGGCUCAUUCAUUACUCAAGGUGAUCUGAAUUAAAAAUGGGAGCCAUUAUUAUUGAUGUAAAAUAAUAUUAUGAGUUUAAGUUAUUUAUAUUUUACAGCUAAUAUCUGAGCUUAACAUUUAUUUUUUUGGGGUGUUCAUUUUGCAGGAGAAAUUGCCAAAGAGUAAUUUAGGAUAAAUAUCUAUAGAAUAUAUGAUAUGAGAGGGAGGAUUGUGCCAAAAGAGUCUAUAACCUCUGUUGUGAAAGGGAAACUCAGCACAAUAUGCAGCUGUUGCUUGCAGAGCCGUUAAAACCCAUCAUAUCCUGCACUGGCUCACACAAGCUAAUCACACACACACACACACGCACAUAGACACACGCAAACAACAUGUCAUCGUUUACUUGGAGACAAUUUAAUAUUCACAAGGUUGCUUGACAACAAUAUAAUAAAUUGUAAUUUGCUGAUUUUCAUUUAUUUUUGUGCUAACACAUUUAACUUUGGUUUGCUUGAUCAAUACUAAUGUUUUUGAAUGUAGUUUGAUUCAAAUUGUAAAAGUGGGCCCUCCUCUAAAGUUUUAUGAAUUUAUAACUCGGAUACUUUUCUCAAUAUCUAAUGGUUAAGGAGUUGGUGCAAUAUUCCUGGACUUUGUCUAAUUUUUCUAUUUCAGAAAUGAAUAUGAGUAGAAAUUAUUAUUUCCCCUCAAGAUUUUUGAAACUACAUCAGUGCCUACGGUUUAUGAGGGCUGAGAUUGUUUUGCAUGUCUUUAGCAAAGUAUUCAAUUCAUACAGGAGUAUAAAGAGAACGGUUUGUGUAUAUACUGAUUAGAAAUAUACAUAAUUGUAUGUAAAAUAUGAAUCUUGUUCAAUACUAUUUAUUCUGUUUACUGGGCAGAUACUGUAACACCAUAGAUUUGUGUGGUGUAUAAGGCUUCAGGGUUCCUCAAGCAGUUCUUUUGCUUGAAUUUUGUGAACAUAAUCCAGUAUAAAUCAUUUAAAAUGAUCAUUUAAAUACAUUUAGUUGAAGAAAACCUUUGAGUGGGUUUGAAAUUAUUUAAUUUCGUUAUAUUUGGGGUCUCUGGGUGCCUUGUCUCUCUUUCUCUUUCUGGAGAUGUUGUCGGCCAUUAGUAUCCCCUGUCGCCACAAAUCCCAGGAUGCCAUUUUCACUCUGUCCUCAGCUGAGAUUCAGCGUGACGGGUGCAAAGGCGUGCUGUUUUAGACCAUGUCGCUGACUGGUGAAGAGGAGGUGGGUGUGCAAUCAGAAAAGGGCAACGUCCGAAACGAUCGUGUCCUCCUGCCUUCCUCCUCUCCUCGUUCCGUGACAUUCAAAUCAAGACGGUUAUCAGUUACAACAGAGUGUAAAAACACCAACAAGAGUGUGCAAUCUUUGCAAAGCAUGUCUAUUUUUAAAGCAGGGCUCUCUUUCAGGGAUGCUGUGCGAGUGAUUUAAUGUGAGUUAAUGAUUGGAUGCGUUUCCCUCAGUCUGAAGUGACAGAGAAACCUGAUAUGAGGGACGGGUGGAGCUGAUUUUGCUUUCAGAAGAACCCGUUGAAUGUGAAGGGAGACAUUCAGACAUAUCCGGGUGGAAAAGGGUUUUUGCUUUUCUUCAUACCUUCAGGGCAGACAUAACAAGUGGUUAGAGAUGAUGCUUGUUAUCUUUUUUGACCCAGCUGUGUUUCUGGAUUACUCUACAGCAUGUAACCUCUUCUGUCACUCUUUCAAAUGCAAUUCUGUCUGUUUGGGGUGGCAGCGCAGUUUUACACGCGUCUGAGGCUGGGCAAAUUAUAUUCCCCGUCACUGGACACCGCUAAAAGUGUAUGAAUCAGUAUGAUGAAUAGGAUAUCAAAGGUCUACUUGUAAUGGCCAUUUCAUUUCUUGGGUUUGAACCAGCCCUACUGUAUGCAUUUAUCUGCUAUUAAGUGUUGAAAAUGCCAGAGAAUGUCUGGUGUAUUCAAAUCUUUUGUGCUUUACAAUUCUUGAUUUGUUGAAGGUUUGUCUUUAAAAUUCCUUCAUUCCACACAAGCUUCAGUCGCAGUGUGGUAUUGAAUUGCUCACUGAAACAAAGACAAUGUGGUUUGUCAGUAAAUACCACAGCACUCUUGUCUUUGAGACUAAAUUCAGAAUUAGAAAAAAAAAAAAGCAAGCGGACAACCUAAAAGAAAAGUUUGUUACAUUCUUAUAACAAUAUGUCUGGUAUGUUCAUUUUCAUGAGAACUGGUAAAUUUAAGAUGUUCAUGUUUAUUUAAACGGUCCACUGGUAAGAUGAUUCCAUAUAUUUUCUAAAUUAAAACAAGG